AUGGAAAAGAUGUCCACCACCACAGCCAUGACGUGCUGCAAUAGCCCUACUUCGAUGAGCAUCACAAAUGCUCAGGUCCUGUCCCCUAACAACAUACUCACCCCCGCCGAACGAAAGGCCUUCGGUAGAUCAGAUCAUAAAGCUGGCAAGGUCCUCGGCGUCACACUCACGCGUAACCACGUGGGACAGGAUAAGAGACUUUCUUUGUGCCUAUCACAAGAUCAAGAGAAUUUCCAAGGUGAUAACGAGGAAGGUGCGGUUAUAGGUACAAAGCGUUCAUUCAGCCGCAAUGCAAGCACCGCCACCAUCAUUGGGCCACUCAAGGACAGGCUUGGCCGUAUACUCGCUUCAGGUAUGAAAAUGGUAGAGAAGCAGAACAAGGGGCGCAUGGCCGCUGGGGGAUAUCCGCCACGCAUUGUCUUGGGCCUCUUACGGUCCAAUGAAUUACCUGGCAAGGAAGGUAUGGAAGAACUACCGACUGGCGUUAGCGACGAACUUUGUGCCCAUUCGCUUGCGGAGCUAGAUGAGAAUGAAAAUACAGAGGCGCCUCUUGGAGCCGAGUUUCUAGAGCGAAAUGAAGAGGAGCAAGACGAUCUAUUUGGCGGUUCCCCGAUGGACCUUGUUCGGGACGUCGAAAACCCGUUGGCGAGUCCGGCCCUUGAUCGACGUGUUUCACCGGUUGCAUCUCCAAUUCAUUUCGAGGUAUCAUUCGAGGAAGAAAGUCUGGCACUCUCCUCUGACGACUCGUUUGACUACAUGCUUCGUCCGGCGGAACGGGCUUACGUCGAUUUUUUGAUUGCACAGGACGAAGUCGAAGGGCAAACAGUGGAGAGGAGAGCAUUGCGAUCCAGGAACAAAGUGCUGGAUGUGUUGGGAGUAGAGGCGCGACAAGCAGUCAAUGAGCAAUGCUAA